CAUAUUCAUUCUCAUCUAUUUCUCAUCCAAAAAAAGAAGAAAAAACACUAUGAUGACUCCCAACACCAAUGAAGAAGAUUUUGCUAUUGUUAGAUCAUGGGAGACGGUUAGACAACAUGAUGAAGAUCUAGACAUUGACGUAGAUCAAACAUCCUUGUCUUUUUGGAACCGUGUUUUCAUAGUUUUUGUUGCACUAAACGGAAAUCGUAAUGGAAGAAUUUUGGCAAGUGUUAAGGAGAGAUUCGAGAAAGUCUUUCAAGAAUGCGAAGAUUUCCAAGGAAAUGAAAUACCAAAAGGAAGCCAAUCCCACAAUGCCAAGUGUGAUAAGAUGGUCGAGGGCUCACCGCCAAUACGAGGCAGUUCAUGGGAAAGAGUUUCAACAAAAUGAUAGUUAUCGCAUCUUAGAAAAUACUACCUAUGAGUUUAACCGAUACGUAUAAGGGUUUAUUUUAAUUGUUAUGAUCUAUCUUAUCAAUGUAAUGAAAUA